UAUAAGGUUUUCCUGUGUAUAGCAAUUUGGGUAAAACAAUACUCUCAGCCUAACCUACUUCACAGGAUGUGUGAGGAUAAAAUGCAGGAGAGGAGAGCGAUGUCAGCCACUUUGGAUCCCUAAUGGAGGAAAGGUGGGCAUUAUAGGAAGUAAAUAUAAAUAAUAAUGAAAAUAAUAAAAGGAGGGAAAGCUGAAGACUGAGAUGGGUACAAUUAAAGGGCACAGUACCUUAUUCCAGGACACCAAAAUACUGGACAACACUUCCAACUACUUUGUCAGACUGCACAGGGAAGCCAUUGAAAUUCACAAGCAUAAACAAAACUUCAACAGGAAAGAAGAAACCUUAAGAAUGAACAGAGCAUGGUUUCCAGUUCUGAAAAACACCAGGCUAACAAAACACUCUAUACUCGACAGCUGCUGGCGAAACGUCAGGAACUACAAUGCCAAGACCAUGGCAAUACAGCCUGGAAAACCCACAACAACCAUCUGUAUUAUUUUUGGUAAUGGUACCAAGAUCAGUAAAUUUUGCAUGUGGAUGAAUAGUGUCAACCCAAAUAUUCAGUUUACUUGGCAAUAUAAUAGCUUCUGCAUUUCCUUCCUAGAUGUCACCGUUUACAGAUCAGAGCAAAAUACCUUGGGUGUGCAACCCUAUGGAAAGGACACCAAUAGUUACUUGCAUUAUAUAGUUCCUUCCACCCUGCUCAUCUUAGGAGAAAUCUCACCUGGCCACUUUCUGAAACUUAGAAGGAAUUUUAUAUUACAAAAGGAUUACAAACAGGGAAGUAGGGAGAUGGUCAGACACUUUAACAACAUAAGGUAUCUGAUCACUGUGAUUGAGCAGGCUAAAAAAUGCCAAUAGCAUUAGCAGAGCUGGACUUUUCAAUGAACCAAACAGGACAGAGAGGAAUGGGCUCAGGUGUGCUUUUGAAUAUACACCUUUGGUCAACUCCAUCAGGAGAAUAAUUCUAAUGAACUGGAACUUGUUAAUUAUAUCCCAGGAUGUGAAACACCACCCUUUGUAAGGUUCAGAAGAACUAAGAAUAUUAAAGAUUUGAUUAUUGACUCAGAUAUCGGCAGUCAACCCGAGAACUGGGAGCAGACUUUGCCCUUGGGACUUUUUAUGUGUAGGAAUUUCAAGGCCUUAGAGGGACCUUAGAGGGACGGGAAUUCAAACCACUAGGGAAGUAAUGCAGUAUACAUUUAAGAUCAUUCUCCAUGUGCAAUACGUCUAAUGUUGUAUAUGUUGUCAAUUGCAGCUGUUACUUGUAUAUAGGCAGUACAACCAGUCUGGUUAAGUUCUGCGUACUGGAACACUAGAAAAGAGUUAAAAACAAAGUGUUGGAUGCACCCAAGGUGACACACUUUCUGGCAAAUCAUAAUGAAAAUGAUUUCAAAUUUUCUGUUUUGCAUGUGGUUCAGGGCCCUCAUAGGGAUAUUUUUCAUAGGGAACUUCUUAAGCAAGAGGCUUAUUGGACCUGUUGGUUAAACACAUUUUUUCCACAGGGAAUAUACUACACCUCCUGCUUCACAGCCACAGUUUAAUCAAAUAUAUGGACAUACUGUCUAAAUUUCAAUUAGAGCUGGACUUAUAACAUAAUGUGGAGUUUGGCAGUAUAUAUUUCUUGUAUGCAUUUCUUUAAGGGCAUAUCAGCUUCUUUACACCUGAAAACUACAGAGAUUUAAUGUAUGGAGUCUCUUGUUGUCAUAAAGAGGAUCCAGUUGGAUGUAUUAAGGGCAUAGAGCCCAUAUUAGAGCCUGUUCUGUGGUGGUGGUGAUCAUAGUGAAAAAGCAUAUUUCUCUACCACCACUGCAUCUGCACAUAAUCGUGCAGCUGAGCUGGUCUAUGUUGUUUGAGGUCUUCUGCAUCAUGACUCCACAGAACUGGACUCUGACCAUGUGGCAGUUCAUUGUGAACAAGUUGCUACUUACUUACUUUGCAGACAAAAUUGCCAAGAUCUGUUCUAUGUUAGAUGCUAGCAUGGAUGCAUGGUCAGGUGAUGUACCUCUGGCAUCUGCUUGUCCGAUUUAUAUGGAUACCUUUCAGCUUGUGAAUAUGGGCAAGACCCUUGCAGAAGUGAGACCUACCACCUGUGUUCUUGACCCUUGUCUUCCUGGCUGAUAAAGGCUGCCAGAGGGGGACUGGCUGAAGGGGUAAGAGGAGUGAUACAUGCAUCAUUGAGAACAGAAUUGUACCACCCAUGCUCAAGGAGGCAGUAAUUUGACCUCCCUGAACCCUACUAUGGAGAUCCGAGCCUGCAGGAUCUGUUACAGUUCUGCAUGGCCUGUAAAACAGAUAUUUUACAGCAGGCCUAUGGCUGAGGCUUGAUGAUGGCCCCUCUGACUGUCCAUGCCCAUGCCAUGCCACCCUAACACCUUGAGAGUGAUUGUUCCAUCCUUUCACUAUCUGCAGUUUAUGGUCUUAAUUUAGUCUCUUAUGUGAAUAUUGAUGCUUUCAUUUAAUGAUUGGUUUAUGCAUUUAUUGUGGUUUUAAAUGUAUAUUUUAAACUCUGUAUUUAAAAAUUGUUGUGAGCCACCCUGAGCCUGCGUGCAGGAAG